AGCGGAGCAAAAAGUAAACAUGAAAAAUGGCCGAUUUGAGUUCAUUCCCUUUACACGAGUGUGUUUAUCGUAAUGACAUACGCCAGCUUUCUUCAUUGUUGCGGACCACGGAUAUAAACCAAAAAGAUAAACAUGGUAAUACAGCUCUUCAUUUGGCUGUUAUGCUGGGCCACAAAGAAUGUAUACAUUUAUUAUUAGCACACAAUGCACAGGUUAAAAUAAAAAAUGGACUUGGUUGGAAUCCACUUGCUGAGGCAAUCAGCUUUGGUGAUCGUCAAACAAUUUUGCUGUUAUUGAGGAAAUUAAAACAACAGAGUAAAGAACAGCUGGAAGAAAGGAGACCAAAACUGAUACAGGCACUGAAGCAAAUGGGAGAUUUUUAUUUGCAACUGAAAUGGGAUUUCCAAAGCUGGGUUCCAUUGGUAUCACGUAUACUUCCCUCUGAUAUUUGUCGUAUCCAUAAAAAAGGCUCAAAAAUUCGAGUUGAUACUACGCUAGUCGAUUUUACUGAUAUGCAUUGGGAACGGGGUGACAUUAGUAUUGUUUUCAAUGGGGAAGCCGAAAGGCAACAAUCGCUUUUUAUAUUAGAUAACAAACAAAAAGUCUAUCAACAAAUUCGAUAUCAGGAAUCAGAAAGUGAGAUAGAAGAUGAAGUUGAUAUACUUAUGAGCAACGACAUAGUAGCGGUCCAGAUGUCAACACGUUUCAUUACGUUUAACCGAGCUCAAACUGGUUUCUUUUUUCGUGCCGAUAAAACAGAAAUGGUGGGCCCCUAUCAUGCAGAUUUUUUUUCUAUCGGUGGCUUGGUGUUCGAGUCACGCAAAAGAAGGGAACACUUGACUCAAGAAGACCUAAAAAAGAAUAAGGCCUUAAUGGAAACACUUACCAAAGGCUCUAGUUCGAGUCUGACUGACACUAGCAACAGUGAGCCUAUACGAAGAGGUUCUUUACCGCCACCGGUUAAAAACAACCUUAGUUGGAAUGAUUACAUUAACAGCAGUCAUCAACCACACUUAGGGAGACUACUUGCGUGCAAGGAUGUGUCUAAAACGUUCCGAGCUACCGUUGCCAUGUGCCAGGAUUUUCCUUUGUCUAAAGCGAUGCUACUAGAUGUGUUGGAAGUUGUUGCCCCUGUCAAGCAUUUUAGUAAACUUCGUGAGUUUGUCGAAAUGAAGUUACCCCCAGGUUUUCCAGUGAAAGUGGACAUUCCAAUUUUACCGACCAUUACAACCCGAGUUAAUUUCCAAGAUUUUGAAUUUCGCAACAACAUGCCGGAUACAUUGUUCCAGAUACCGAAAGAUUACACUGAAAACCCCGGCAGAUUUCCUGAUUUGUGACCAAUGGAAUGGAGCCUGCUGCUCAAUUCUGAGCUGAAGGAAGUUGAGCCCUGCUGCUCCAAUCUUAACACUAUUUCAUCCUCUAGUCAUAGCCAGUAUUCACGGCGCGAUGUACGCGUUCCACCAAAUCAUGUAAGUGUUGAUAAACUAAAUCAUCAAGCUAAUAGGAUUGAUGGAUGCUACCAGUUGGAAAUGCCGUGGCAACAACUGCUCACCAGUCCCUACGCCUCCCAGUGUACCAUUCAUUUCCCUAUCCACGUCAAUUCCACCCAGCCAAGUCCAAAUACAGAAUUAUCAGAGCCAUAAAUAUAUAUUGUAACACAUAUUAUACAUAAGCAAAACUUUA